UGAAAACAAAAUGUCCUCCCGGAACCGGAAGUGGUCAGUGCCUUGCUCGCUGUGGACCCUGAGCUGAGCUGAGUUCUGCUCAGAUGCGGGCUGUGACCAAAGCGAUGUCUAAGUUCCGCCUGGCUGUGGUCCAGCUGCAGGUGAGCAGCGCUAAGGCGGACAACCUGAGCAGAGUCCGGAGGCUGGUGAAGGAGGCAGCGGGACAGGGCAGCGAAGUGGUGCUGCUGCCGGAAUGCUUCAACUCUCCGUAUGGAACCGGCUUCUUCUCCACCUACGCGGAGAAGAUCCCAGGAGAAUCCACCCAGGUGCUGUCAGAGGUAGCGUCGGAGAAUAAGCUGUAUCUGGUGGGAGGAUCCAUCCCUGAAGAGGAUGGUGGGAGGCUGUAUAACAGCUGUGCUGUGUUCGGCCCUGACGGAGAGAUGAUUGUCAAACACCGGAAGAUCCACCUGUUUGACAUCGACGUUCCCGGGAAAAUCCGCUUCCAGGAGUCCGAGACGUUGAGCCCCGGAAACCGUCUGUCCAUGUUUGACACGCCGUUCUGUAAAGUGGGCGUGGGGAUCUGCUACGACAUGAGGUUCGCGGAGCUCGCUCAGCUCUACAGCAGGAAAGGCUGCCAGCUGCUCGUCUACCCCGGAGCCUUCAACAUGACGACAGGCCCCGCCCACUGGGAGCUGCUGCAGAGGGGAAGGGCCGUCGAUAACCAGGUCUACGUGGCCACGGCAUCACCUGCCAGAGAUGAAGCGGCCUCCUACGUGGCCUGGGGCCACAGCACCGUGGUGAACCCGUGGGGAGAGGUCAUCGCCAAGGCUGGGCCUGAGGAAACCAUCGUCUAUGCUGAUAUCGACCUGCAGUACUUGGCUGACAUCCGGCAGCAGAUCCCGAUCACAUCUCAGCGUCGGGACGACCUCUACACAGUGACGUCUGUGCAGGAGGGAUCUGGCUGAAAACUCCGAACGGACUCGUGUUCUUCACAUGUCAAUCAAGUUAAUUGGACUUUAAUUCAUUCAUAAAUUCAUUUCUAGGUAUUGUCAUUGAGGAAACUGACAAUAUGUAGUCCUUGAUAAAGGUAGGGUGCGAGCCAUUUUGUUCUGCAAUGUGAUUUGGGUUAAAGUUUAACUACCAGGUUGCCAUUAAAAUAAGAAAAGUAAUGCUUCACUGUUAGGAUCCUAACUAGAUUAUGUAUGACCAUCCAGCUGCAGUUUUACAUGUUUGGGUUUCUGUUCUGGUUGAUCGCACAAAUCCAGGUUAAUUAAAAAAAAAAAAUCCAGACUCA